CCUUCAGCUCCGCCCUCCGGUUGACUCUCCCGCCUCUUACCCGGUCCCACUGCGCCCGCCGCGCUGCGAACCAACGGGUAGAGUCAACAUGGUUCAACCACCGAAGCUGUAGGCGACGAUAAAGACACCUCUCCGUUUUCAACUGAAUCCAGAACAGACACUGCCAAAAAAGACUGAAGCCUGAGAGAAACACUCUGACUGAAGAUUGUAUCAGGAUAUCUCAGGGGAUUCUAAAAGCCAACACAUUCUUGUCGGCAGCACUUCUCAGCGAUGGUUUCUCUCUCAAGACGUGAUGGUUUCUCUCUGUAGACGUGAUGGUUUCUCCAAUAGACGUGAUGGUUUCUCCAAUAGACGUGAUGGUUUCUCCAAUAGACGUGAUGGUUUCUCUCUCAAGACGUGAUGGUUUCUCUCUGUAGACGUGAUGUUUUCUCUCUGUAGACGUGAUGGUUUCUCUCUCUAGACGUGAUGGUUUCUCUCUCUAGACGUGAUGGUUUCUCUCUUGACGUGAUGGUUUCUCUCUCUAGAUGUGAUGGUUUCACUCUGUAGACGUGAAGGUUUCUCUCUGUAGACGUGAUGGUUUCUCCAAUAGACGUAAUAAUUUCUCUCUGUAGACGUGAUGGUUUCUCUCUGUAGACGUGAUGUUUUCUCUCUAUAGACGUGAUGUUCUCUCUAUAGACGUGAUGGUUUCUCUCUCUAGAUGUGAUGGUUUCACUCUGUAGACGUGAAGGUUUCUCUCUGUAGACGUGAUGGUUUCUCCAAUAGACGUAAUAAUUUCUCUCUGUAGACGUGAUGGUUUCUCUCUGUAGAGGUGAUGGUUUCUCUCUAUAGAGGUGAUGUUUUUUUGUGCCAGGUCAGGAAGGUACUGAUGGAAGCUGUCUCUCUUUCUGCAGACCGGAUGCAGCCAGAACUCCCCCCACCACCCCCCAUUUCGUUGUCUCUAGUCACAAGGCAGACAGUGGGUUACUGCUAGAGGGACUGUGAAGAUGUCAUUCACCAUCGCUCUCCAUCUCCUGGCAAUGGUGGCAAUGUGUGACCAGGUUAAAUCUCAUCGCAUCAACUUCUACAAUGUCAAACCUCCUGUGGAAGCCACUCCGUUCCCUAAGAGCUUCAAGUGCUUCACCUGUGAGAGAGCUGUGGACAACUACACCUGCAACCGCUGGGCUGAGGACAAGUGGUGUCCACCGAAUAGCCAGUUCUGUAUGACAGUGCACCAAUUCACCAGUCACGGCAAAACCAAGUUUGUGACCAAGAAGUGUGCUGCUCGUGAGGAGUGUCAUACAUCUGGCUGUAGACAUCACAGGGACACGGGUCACACUGAGUGUGUGUCAUGCUGUGAGGGUAUGAUCUGCAACGUGGAGGUCCCUACCAACCACACCAAUGCUGUGUUUGCCAUGAGGCAGCAGGCCUACAGCUCAGCCCCAUCCCAGACUCCUGUUAGGACGACGUGGAGCUGCUGCUGGCUGACGUUACUGCCCACUCUGGGCCUGGGGCUGACCAGGCUGGUCCUACUGUGAAACUACUGUCCUUCAGACCAGGUCCCUAUAGAGGGGACCAGACUGGACCAGACCAACAUGUCCCUCAGACCAGGUCCCUAUAGAGGGGACCAGACUGGACCAGACCAACAUGUCCCUCAGACCAGGUCCCUAUAGAGGGGACCAGACUGGACCAGACCAACAUGUCCCUCAGACCAGGUCCCUAUAGAGGGGACCAGACUGGACCAGACCAACAUGUCCCUCAGACCUGGUCCCUAUAGAGGGGACCAGACUGGACCAGACCAACAUGUUCCUCAGACCAGGUCCCUAUAGAGGGGACCAGACUGGACCAGACCAACAUGUUCCUCAGACCAGGUCCCUAUAGAGGGGACCAGACUGGACCAGACCAACAUGUCCCUCAGACCAGGUCCCUAUAGAGGGGACCAGACUGGACCAGACCAACAUGUCCCUCAGACCAGGUCUCUAUAGAGGGGACCAGACUGGACCAGACCAACAUGUCCCUCAGACCUGGUCCCUAUAGAGGGGACGAGACUGGACCAGACUGGACCAGACCAACAUGUCCCUCUGACCAGGUCCCUAUAGAGGGGGACCAGACUGGACCAGACCAACAUGUCCCUCUGACCAGGUCUCUAUAGAGGGGGACCAGACUGGACCAGACCAACAUGUCCCUCUGACCAGGUCCCUAUAGAGCGGACCAGACUGGACCAGACCAACAUGUCCCUCUGACCAGGUCCCUAUAGAGCGGACCUGACUGGACCGGACCAGCAUGUCCCUCUGACCAGGUCCCUAUAGAGCGGACCAGACUGGACCGGACCAGCAUGUUCCUCUGACCAGGUCCCUAUAGAGCGGACCAGACUGGACCAGACCAACAUGUUCCUCUGACCAGGUCCCUAUAGAGCGGACCAGACUGGACCAGACCAACAUGUUCCUCUGACCAGGUCCCUAUAGAGCGGACCAGACUGGACCGGACCAGCAUGUUCCUCUGAACAUGGAGGAUGUGUGUUUUUACAAGUCUGAUGGUAAUCUGUGAUAAAGAUGUCACAUGGAUCGAUCAAUCAAAAAGGACUACAGCAGUGUCAUAAUGACUGAUGCUUGGUUUACCAAUGACCACUGAUGGUGGUCCUGGCAAUGCUAAUCAGGUGUUCAAUGUUUGGGAUUCCACAUGGACCAGGAAGAAGAAAUGAACUGACUGAACACAGGCAGGAACAGCAUGCCCCAUUCCCUUUGGAUUAGGGAGAAUUCUGGGAAACGAUCAAUGAAAGACAUGGAAUCUGGAGCUUAGCUCUGUCAAAGUCAAUUUAUGAAUACUUGAUCCACAGUAUGUUACAAAUAAGAUACAUUUUGCACAUGAAUGUUACGAAAUAUUGUUGCUUGUAUUUUUGUAUAACAUAACUUUAUAUAACAUAACUAAAAUAAAAUGGAAAGAAUGUGA